AUGGAAUUGAGCUCCAACAUCAUGGCUCUGCCUUGUGAAGUCCUGGUGGAUAUACUCUCUAGGCUUUCACUCAAACAUGUCCACCAACUUCAAACAGUUUCAAAGAAGUGGUUCAGAACCAUCUCUAGUCCACAUUUCAGAAGACUCUACAACAUGAAAUCCUUGAAUCGUCCUCGAACACUAGUAGUUCAAGUACCUAACGCCAAGUAUUCACCAGGCAGGAGGAAAAUGAUUAGUCGAACUAUUGAUAUUUCGACCAUGGAUCUCGCUGUUGACAACCGAGAGAUCCAGAAAGAGUUCAGUUUUGAGGAUAUUAUUGCCCCUGAAAGCUCCUUCUUCAUCUCCUCCAACCUUAUCAUUUCCAAUCACAAGGUAUGCAAUCCCAGUACUAAAGAAAUCAUAAUCUUACCAAUUUCAAGUUAUCCGUCAGUUAGUUUUGAUGUUGCCUAUAUCCCUUCCAACAAUACAUACAAGAUUGUCCAUCUAUAUGGUACCAAGAUUAGUCGUAAAUACAACUUUAACUAUGGUGGUGAGUUAUUGGAGUUCAGAUUCGAGAUUCUCACACUAAGAGACGGUGGACCAAUUCCUAGCUCAUGGCAACCCCUGCCACAUCAAGAAUGGUUUUCUCGUAAGCUAGAUUCAACAUGUGUAAAUAAUGUAAUUUAUUGGUUGGUUCGAAGAGGAGAUAUAAUGCAAAAUAUUAUUUCAAUGAAAACUGAAAAUGAAGAAUUCUUGAGUACCAUCAGUUGCCCCAAAGAGCCAUAUGAUGAAGAGCUAUCACUGUAUGAGAAUACCCAAUUAGCUGAUUUGAAUGGGAAAUUAUGUUUAGCUUACUACACAGAAGAAUUAUCAAGGAUGGAACUAUACUUUCUCAAGGAUCAUAAGAAGCAAGAAUGGGUCAAGGAACACACUAUCAAUUUAUCAGGUAUGGGGAAUUGGUUCAAAAUAACGGGGUAUUUGCCAUUACAAGGUAACAAUAAUGGUGACAUUAUUAUUGACGGCGGCUGUAAGUUGUCUCUCCUCUACAACAUUGAAGAGGAAAGGUUUAAAAGGCUGCCAAACAUUAAGGAGAUUACUUAUAUUGGAUUGUACUUUGAUAGAUGUUUUAAGUUACAAAGCACAAGAUCAUCUUUGCAAGCAAGGGUAGAUAUGUUACCUGAGGGGGACUCUUAA